GGCCCGCGAGGAUUUGUCUUAAACCUUCGGGAAGGGGAAGAAGGGCAAGGGCGCUGCUGUUUUGAGCCCCUUCUCUGGGAGACGUUCUCAUUGGAUUUAACAGGAUAGGUGUAGUUAUGCCCAUUUUACAGAUGUGAAACGUCGGUUCUGAGAGGCACUAAGUAAAAUUGACCCAGGGUCUCUCAACAUUUAAAUGGCAGAACUGAGAGAUGAACAAACGUAUGGAUGGGGAUAACCUAAAUCAAGAUUUAUAAUUUUAAGCUGGCAAAAUCUUUCACUUCCAUGGGUGCUUCUUGUCUUCCAGUUGACUUUCAGCAGUCCAAAAUGACUGUGAAUGUUUGCUCUGUCAUCGCCAUUGUUGGCUAAUGUUUUCAAAAGCUCAGAAGAUACUUGACGCUAUAAAAAGAGGGCCUUUGUGACAAUUUAUUUGGUCACAGACAUGUUGAGAUUUUCAGGGUACAGGUGAUACCGCUCUGGCUGAUCCACAGCUGUUGAAAUUUGUCACUCCUUUACAAAAAAACGAAUAAGAAGAAAAGAAUCUGAAAAAGUUGGAGAAGAUAUAUAUUCAGUCGCCAGACCAGAAGGCCAACAAAGUGACUUCUUUUUCUAUGGCUUGCCGCACAGUUAUCCAGGACUUCAUUUCACAGCUAUCCUGGAAAUGCACAAUUUUGAGGAUGAGUUAACAUGUCCCAUUUGUUACAGUAUUUUUGAAGAUCCUCGUGUACUACCAUGCUCUCAUACAUUUUGUAGAAAUUGCUUGGAAAAUGUUCUACAGGCAUCUGGUAACUUUUAUAUAUGGAGACCUUUACACAUUCCACUCAAGUGCCCUAACUGCAGAAGUAUUAUUGAAAUUGCUCCAACUGGUAUCGAAUCUUUACCUGUUAAUUUUGCAUUAAGGGCUAUUAUUGAAAAGUACCAGCAGGAAGACCAUCCAGAUAUUGUCACCUGCCCUGAACAUUACAGGCAGCCGUUAAAUGUUUACUGUCUUCUGGAUAAAAAAUUAGUUUGUGGUCAUUGCCUUACCAUAGGUCAACAUCAUGGUCAUCCUAUAGAUGACCUUGAAAGUGCCUAUGUGAAAGAAAAGGACACGCCUCAAAAACUGCUUGAACAGUUAACUGACACACAUUGGACAGAUCUUACUCAUCUUAUUGAAAACCUGGAAGAACAAAAAUCUCAUUCGGAGAAAAUGGUCCAAGGUGAUAAGGAAGUUGUUCUCCAGUAUUUUAAAGAGCUUAGUGAUACAUUAGAACAGAAAAAAAAAUUUUUUCUAACUGCUCUUUGUGAUGUUGGGAAUCUGAUCAAUCAGGAAUAUACUCCACAGAUUGAAAGAAUGAAAGAAAUAAGAGAGCAGCAGCUUGAAUUAGUGACACUGACAACAUCGUUACAAGAAGAGUCUCCACUUAAAUUUCUUGAAAAAGUUGAUGAUGUCCGCCAACGUGUGCAGAUCUUGAAACAAAGACCACUUCCUGAGGCCCAGCCUGUUGAAAUAUAUCCUCGAGUAAGCCAAGUAUUGAAAGCUUGGAGCAGAACAGAAAUUGGACAAAUUAAGAAACUUCUCAUUCCUGAAAUGAAAAUUUCUUCAAAAAGGAUGCCAUGUUCCUGGCCUGAUGAGGAAAAAGUUGAAUUUUUUAAGAUUCUAAACAUUGUUAUAGUUACACUAAUUUCAGUGAUACUCAUGCUGAUCCUCUUUUUUAACCAACACAUAAUAACCUUUUUAAAUGAAAUCACUUCAAUAUGUUUUUCUGAAGUCUCUCUAUCUGUUUACCAAAGUUUAUUUAAGAAUGUGCAUUAUUUAAAGAAUAUACUAUGUCACACUUUAUAUUUACUGAAGGAAUUCAUGUGGAAAAUAAUUUCUUAUUGAAAAUUCAAAUCUGAAUUGUUCAAGUAGGCUUAUUCUGUACAGCAGAGACUAAUGACCAUUGCUAAAUGGAGGAAUAGGGGUAGCAUGGAUAAAUAAAAUAGCAGGCUAAAGUUUGAGUUGCAACAAAUAUAAAUAAUCCCUUUCAUGCUUCUGCUGAAUAGAAAAUGUGUCAUCAAAAGUUAGAAAUGAGACAGAAUGUCUCUGGUCUCCUGAAAACCAGAACAGAAUCUAGUAAUUACUU